UGCCUGUCUAAAUUUUACGAACGACCAGAGAGAAGUUGAAGAAGUAAGGAAUGAGCAUACUGCCUUACCCACAAAGACUGAUGUGGUGUUGUCAAUAACGACAGAGAAAAAUUGAUGGAAACAAAUGGACUAAGGUGAACAUCGCUGAGGGGGAAAAAAAAACCUAGCAUCCUCGACUGACCGCUGUGACCCCAUUAUGCUUCCCGGAGCGAUACCUAGAUAAGACGAGGCUCUCGAAGUUUUAUCUUUUUGAACGCAUAAAACAUGCUGUUGAUUCAUUCUCUCCAUUUCUUUGCAUUUUUUUGCACGUCCCCACCCCCAAACAGCUAAAGACUAGUUCUCGAUCAAAGCAAAAAGCUUUUUUCUCAAACGAUAACUAGAAGUAAGUCUAAAUCAUUAGAAGAGCUCCUUCUUUCUCGAAAGAGCUCCUUUGAUCUGAGCUAGAAGCUAGGAAAGAAAUAUCGAGCGCAUACAUUAGAUUUUCGUAUAGACCGACGUUCAAAGAAAUAUUAUUUCCAAAAAAGUUUCAAAAAAACAAAAAAAUACAAGGAGCUAAGAAUAUAGGGAAAAACUUGUUUUCGGUGAGAUUUAUUUUUUCUGCCGACAAUAGUGAGCAUCCUGUACAUUAACCAGCAGUAUCACCUGCUGUGCACUCAAGACGAGCUAAUUAUAUUUAACUGUGUGUAUUCGGGCUGACGCUGUACCAGUCAGUGUCGUAGUUGUGGGGUACCUAGGCUAACCUCUAUUUACAAGACCUUCUCCUUUCUUCUCCCACAGCGAACAAAACAAGAAUGCCUUUGGGUUGUGUAGCAGGGUUGUCCGACGCCCGGUACCAUGCCUUGGCGGAUGACCUGAAAGUUUUGCUCACUGCUGAUCCGAACUAUGACGACGGGAAUUACGGUCCCGCAUUUAUUCGUCUCGCGUGGCACUCGAGUGGAACCUAUGACCCCGAGACCGCAAAGGGUGGAUCCAAUGGUAUUCUAAAGACCGCUUCUAGGUUUAAUAUACGUUGACUAUGUAUUAUGCUAAAUAUUAAUGGAGUCGUUGUCCUUGAGCAAAAUCCUCAAAGUCGGCAUGGAAGUGGCAUUUUUCAUUGAUAGCUGUCCUUAAAACAUGGAUACUAGAUGUGAUCUACCCGAAAAUUGAUACACCAACAACUUCGGUUCGUUGACAAUUUAUUACUAAAUCAAGACUGCUAUACUAUAGUGUAGAAAUCAACUGUUAGCCCUUCGUGGUCGACAAUCCUCACCAUAUGAAUUUCAACAAAUUGGAGGUGCGACGAUGCGGUUCGAGCCUGAAGCUUCCUUUGGCGCUAAUGCAGGUCUCGGAGUUCCGCGUAAAAUUUUGAGCGAUUUCCGUGACGCAAAAUAUCCCUGGGUUUCCAUCUCGGAUCUUUGGAUCUUGGCAAGGUAGUCAUCGCAAUCUUCGAUGAAAAUUUCUAAUUCAACGACAACAAGAACAACAUUUUUUGUAGGUAUGCGUAUUGUUUUUUUGUUUAUGUUCCUUCGCUACUUAACCGCAUCCGAAUCGAAUUGUCUGGAUAAGGAUACCCCUUCUUGAGCAGAUGACGUGCUCUCUAAAGAGAUUAAUUCUUCUAAUCAUACUUGACGAAAGAUACAUGAUGAAUAUGAUUCCUUCUAAAUUGACCUGUAACUCAUCGUCUCAACUGCAGUUACGUUUUCCUGGAGUCCUCGAAUGGUCCAGUGAUCCCUUUCGCUCCGGGGCGCAUUGACGCCUUGCAGUCGGAAGUUGAGAAGAUGCCGCCAGACGGCAACCUUCCGGAUGCGGAACAGAACAAGUUUAAGCACUAUCACGAUUUCACUCAUUUGAUUUCUACAGUGGGUUUUCAUGAUCUCUUUCGUACUGUCAGCUGAAGUCAAGGUCAAGGACCUAUCUAUGUAUCUUGAGAAAUAACUGAGGAACCCAAGGGAGGGAAGCCCAAUGAAUCACAAUCACUUUGAGCGUAGUUUCACCUAAGAACUUGGGAGACGAUUUAAAAAGUAACAUGGAAGCAGAGCAAGCAGCCUGCAUUGCGCAUAUUCGCAAUAUUUUUGGCAGAAUGGGCUUUUCGGAUCGUGAAAUGACGUGCUUGAUUAUCGGUGGCCACGCUUAUGGACGCUGCCAUCCGGAUCGGUCUGGAUACGCAGGAAAGUGGAUCAGCAAUCCCGUGAAAUGGGGCGGACGAGAGUAAUGUUUACUUUACAUGUUGAUGAGUAAUCAAUGAUUUAAAUGUUGCAAAUAGAAGAAGAAUUCACAAUCCUCGGAACUCAUGGUCGUGAUUUGUUACCUAUGUAUCCUAUAACGCGAUUACCGCAACAAACAUGGCCAUAUUUAAGGUACUGCAUGUUGUUGCAAGAGCCGGCGUUGUGGCGCGUUGUGGACGGCAGGUGCCCGAUCGCCAGUAACGACAAGGUGACCGGCGUAUGCCCGGUGUCGGGACAGAAGCAGUACGUUGACAAGUUCAACAAGAAAAUGAUGCUUUUUACCGACAUGGCCCUCAUCUGGGACCCCAGUUUCAAGCAGUGGAUCGAUACCUACGCUGCUGACGACGCCUUGCUGAAGAAGGAUUUCGGCGUGUACUUUUAUGGGUCCGACUGGAACUAAAACUAAUUCAUCUUCAGGAACAAACUAGUUCAUACAACUGGAGAUGCUUGUCACGAGAUACGAGAAUUUAGUCACAACUAGUACUGGAGAUGCUUGUCAAUUACCUAAAGGACGAAAACAUAACAUUUUUGUUCAUCGUUGAUCUAGCAACGACCAGGUAAAGGAUUCAUAUCAACCUGCUGACAAUGUCAGAGAGUUUGAGGUAGGUCAACAUAGUUCAUUGAGAUAGGGAAAAAGAUGAAUUUCAGGAUGACAUGUUGUCUAUAAUAUUCUAAUUUUGCAAGAAGCUGACCGAAUUCGGACAUCCUACAGCUGGUAAGAGCGAGGGAUCUCUGGGAGACAUUAUUAUGGACGCAUUGCGCAAGCUCGGGGGAGUGUGCGGCGCUAUCUGCGGCGGUUCUGCGAAGUAA